AUGAGUGAAGAUGAUUUAGACAGUACAGACUUGGAAAAAAUAGAAGAAAUAGUUACUCAAAUUCAGGAACAAAAUGCGCAAGUGACGGCAAAUUUAAGAGAUUUAAGAAAACAAAGUGAAAAUAUGGCAAAAAAAAUAAAAAAUGAGAUGAACAAAAAUGGCGAACUAAUGAAAAAAAGCAAGGAACUCACUAAAGAACAAAGUGAAAUUAACAAGUACGUUAAUGAGCAGUUGAACAUGAUCUCGGAGAAGUUUAACGCUCUUUCAGAAGCUGAACGCGCGCUUAAUGCCAAAGAAGAAUAUAUUGCAAAUUUAAUUCAAAAUCUUAAAAAAUAA